GUGGGGCAACAUGGCGGCGCCCAGCGGCAAGACCGAGCCGGACUUAAGUCCGCGACUGGCCGCGUGAGCAGCAGGUAGGCUGCCAGGCUGAUGCUGAAUCUUCUAUCUUGGCCAAGUGACUAUCUGGCAUACAGAGGCAUGAGCUGGGUCCGAGCCAUCUUGCUAGCCCGAGGCCUCUCUAAGAGCUGGGGAGGCAUCUGCCGGGCCACCUUUCCUGGAGCUCCCAUCUCUCAGGUGUCUCCCCAGCCCUCGCGGGGCCUCCACCGUAGCGCAGCUGCCCACAACUCCGAAUUGUCACUGGUUCCAGGCCCACCUGAGCCCCAGCGGAGGCCCAUUAGGGCCCUGGCGCCCCACGAGGACCUGUUCAGGCAGGCGCCGGGUGGCGAGCGGGACAAGGCGAGCUUCGUACGAGCCGUGCAGAGCUUUGGGCAGCGCAACGUACGCAAACGGGGCCACGUGGACUUCAUCUACCUGGCCCUGCGCAAGAUGCGGGAGUACGGCGUGGAGCGCGAUGUGGCUGUGUACAACCUGCUGCUGGACGUCUUCCCCAAGGAGGUGUUCCGACCUCGAAACGUCAUCCAGCGCAUCUUCGUCCACUACCCUCGGCAGCAGGAGUGCGGGAUUGCCGUCCUUGAGCAGAUGGAAAACAACGGGGUGAUGCCUAAUAAGGAGACGGAGUUCCUGCUCAUUCAGAUAUUUGGACGAAAAAGCUACCCCAUGCUUAAGUAUUUGCGCAUGAAGCUGUGGUUCCCCCGCUUCAAGAACAUCAACCCCUUCCCCAUUCCCCGAGACCUGCCCCAGGAUCCUGUGGACCUGGCCCAGUUGGGCCUACGGCACAUGGAGCCCGACCUUGGUGCCAAGGUCACCAUCUACCAGAUGCCUGUGUCCAACGACUGGACAGGUGCAUCAGAUCCCACCGAGCCCCACAUUGUAGGAAUCCAAAGUCCUGAUCAGCAGGCUGCCCUGGCCCGCCACAACCCAGCCCGACCUGUCUUCGUUGAGGGCCCCUUCUCCCUGUGGCUUCGAGACAAGUGUGUCUAUUACCACAUCCUCAGAGCUGACUUGCUGCCUCCUGAGGAGAGGGAAGGGGAAGAGAUCCCAGAGGAGUGGAAUCUCUACUAUCCAAUGCAGCUGGACCUGGAGUAUGCGAGGAGUGGCUGGGAUGACUAUGAAUUUGACAUUGAUGAAGUGGAGGAAGGCCCUGUCUUCGCCAUGUGCAUGGCAGGUGCUCAUGACCAGGCAACACUGGCCAAGUGGAUCCUGGGCCUGCAGGAAACCAACCCAGCCCUGGCCCAGAUACCUGUGGUUUUCCGCCUGGCGGGGUCCACGGGGGAGCUCCUGACGACCUCCCCAGGGCUGGAGGAGCAGCCACCACCACCACCACCUAAGGGCCAAGAGGAAGAUGACACUGUGCAGCGACAGCAGCAGGGCCAGAGUUGAGACUGAGCAAGUCGCAGGGCACAGACUAUGGCCCGAGGAGGUUAUGGACUGGUGUGGAAGCAUGAGAUGACCUUUAAGUGGACAGCAAAUAAAAGUUGUCUUGCCUGAGGCUGCCUUA